AUGGGCCUCGAAGACGCGCUCUGCAGACUUGGCGAAGAUGGGCCAACUGGUCCUCCCGUAAACUGGAUCCUCGUACGCAACUAUGGACGGUUUGCCUCGUUCCUGAGCGAUUUCAAAAUGCUCGCGGCGCCGACGGCGCGUGCAUCUUGCAUCGGCUGA